CCCAAGUUAUGAUUGCUGGGCUCCUUGGAUUGGACCUAAUACCCGAAAGUCAGACAUUGUUCUAAACACUGAGCAUGCAAAACUACAAAAAACAAAGUCCUGUGAUGUUCCAGAUCUUGACAUCACAGAGGAAAGGUUGAUGCAGUGAGGAAGCUGUGCAAAGAAUGUGGAUUGGACACAAAGGGUUCAAGGAUGGAUCUUGUGUUACGUUUGCGAACAGAGAUGCAAAACCGCUCUGCGUACGACAAAAUCUUCCAGCAGAUUUGGGGUGCUUCUGGUGGCUGGGCAGUCAUUACAUGUCCAUGUGGAAUAGUGUAUUCCAUCAAAUUCAACAUAAGAGCAGAGUCUCCCAGAGACUUUGCGGACUUGCUGCUGAGUUGGAAGCACUUUCCUAAUGUUGUAAUAUACGACUUUGCUAGAGGACUUGCAGCACACGUUAAUCUUCGUGAAGCAGAUUCUCUACCUUUCAGUCCCCAUGAAGGGAGACUUGCUGAACCAACUACAGCAAAUAUCCAGCUAGCAAAAGAAGGCAAGCUCAAAAUUAAUCUACCAUGGUUGAAAAAUAAGGAGGAGGAGGAGGAGGAUACCAACUGCCAUCCUUUGACAGGAUCAUCAGAGCAUUAUGCUUUGUAUGACAGAUUCCAUGAAUUCAACACCAAAGACCCAAGAGAUGCUCUUAGGAGAGUCCAAGUAGUCCCAGAACUUUGUGGAUGGGUAAAUACUCAAACCGCAGAGCAACUUUUUGCUGCAAUGCGCAAAAACAAUUAUUUCCUGAACAUGCUCACGCCAUCAGGACACACAUUUUUGAUGCGCAACAUCAUUCACCAUUAUAACACAGCACAGAAUAAGAACAUGGAGGACAGCCUAAGAAAAGUUGUAUCACCAAGUGAUCAGUUAACCUUCAAUGGUUAUGGUCAGAUAGUACUUGGUACACCUCCACAGUCCCUAAAUGAUAGUGAGAGACUCACCUGUGGUAUUACACAAAUAGACCAAGUACACUACCCCAGCCAAGGUUCAGUGAUGGACAUGACAGCCCUACGAAAUGUGCAGACAAACAGGGCAUGCUGGAUGCAUCCACAAAGCAGUGACCAAAUGAAGAUGUAUGUUGAAUUGUUUUGCAUUUUUAUGCAAUGUGUAUAAUCAUACUUACAAUUGUUUUUGAUUUUCUAGAUA